GAGAACCGUUUCCCUCGCGGUGCUCAGAGGAUCCUCAAUAAACUCGAUCACGCAGCUAAAGGGGUUCCUCUUUGAGACACCAGAUAAACAUGUAUGAAUGGACUCUGCUAUCUUUAUUAAAAGACAAUUCACUCCUGCUAUCCUUCUAAUGAAGUGAGCCGGAAGUAGACGGAAUAACACACAGAGCCUCAGAGAGAAACAGUGUGUUUGGCGGAGUGUGCAGGAAAAGGUGAUUUAGAAAACAUGAGUAAAGUCCUGCUCUCGCUGGAGAAGCAGAGACUCACUUCUGCUGCUGAAGAGAUCUUUGUUCUGUUUGAAAAAACGAUAGCAGAGUACGAGGAGGAACUGUGUCGUUCAAAAGAGGAGAACGAGAGACUCCAGAAACUACUCAAUACUUCCGAAGAUGCCCGGCAGCGUCUGGUAGUCGAAGAAGAGGUUCCCCCUGAUCCGAAGGACCAUGAGGACCCAGAUCUCCCCCCACAGAUUAAACCUGAACAGGAACAACUCUGGACCAGUCAGGAGGGGGAGGAACUUCAGGAGCUGGAGGAGGCUGAUAUCACAAAGCCCACAUUCACUCCUGUCCCUGUGAAGAGUGAAGAGAAACCUCAGUCCUUACAGCUUCAUCAAACAGGAGCUUAUGGAGAGGACUGUGGAGGACCAGAAACAGCCAGGGACUCAGAUCCAGAGAGCAGUUUACGACCAGAGACUGAGGACAACACUGGAGACGCUCCUGAACCUGACACUGAAGACAUGGGGAUGAUUAACAUGGAUCAAACAUUUAUACGCACCGCCAUCAAUGUGGUUUUGCCUAACCUUCAGGAGACAACUCUCAAAGACAUUCUAGAGGAGACCUUACGGUCAAUUGGGGUGGAGACAUACAACGAUUUUCAGUUUAUUGAGGAAGCUGAUUUGCUUUCAGCUUUGAAGCCAAUUCAAGCACGAAAAGCUGUUGCAGCUUGGAAGCAAGUUUUCCAGAGUCCUGAAACCAGCAGCCCAUCUGUUAGUUUUCUCCCAGGACCUGCUGCGUCCUUUUUGUCUCUUUCGCCAAGGAGCUCAAACUGGACCGAUUCUGCCAGCUGCCGAAGCCCUGAUGUAGACUGCGUGGAUACCUUUGCGAUUCCGUCGGAUAAGUUCCCAGAGCAACUGAUUCAGACAUUGAUGAGAGGAAGACGACCAAGUCCAAAAAUGAGAAGGGAGAUGGUCCGGAUUGUUGUAUGUGAGAUGAUGCAACAGCGCUUUUGCAUAAAUAAAAAGAACACAACUGAAGUUGCCAAAAAGAUGGUGGAAAGAUAUCCAAGGUCUCUGCAAGACAUGGUAGCGGGAGAAGUGAUCGGGCAGGGGUACCACUCGCUAGUCAAGCAGUUGCAAAAUAGGGCGGAGAAUGUGAAGCGAUGUACAAUCCCAAAGAUUAGGAAGCGAAAGCAUCUCAUUGAUGAGUCUGACACUGAUGAAGUCCCUCUAGGGCAGAGAGCAGCAAUCCAGGACACCUAUGGGUGCAUCAACUGGGAUGUAAAACUCCUGCCACUUGGAGAGACCCAAAAGACCCAGCAGAAAAAGAGAGAACAACUGAAGAUCAUGUCUCAGCAAAGUGAUGCUAAUCCAGAGGAGGUUAAACUCCUAAUGAAGUCGACCUUCUACACACAACGUCAACAAGUAAACCAGGGGAAGAGUAUAAAACAACUCCUGGAAGAGUGGCCAAUUUGUUUUAAGGAACUUGGGAUGGAAACCCACUUCAAGGAACUCACCGGAUCGGGGCUCAAAGAAACCUUCACACAGAACAUGGAUCUGAAGGGGAAACAGCUCAUAAACUACAUGAACACUGUUUGUGUGAACAAGAGCAAGAGGUUUCUCCAGGCUGUGAACAAGCUGAACAGGAUGAGGGGAGAAGAGAGUGGCUGCUCCGAAGACAUCAAAGAGAUGCUGCUUCUCCUGCUCUCCUACUUUGUUGAGAAGGAAAAUGUGAUGUUCUGUUACGUCCCGGACACCUGUCUGGCAGAGGAAGUACAGAGGCUUCAAGUCAACCUGACUCCCACCAUUGUUGUGUGUGGACGAGACUGCUUUUCCGCCAGACGCUUCAUGUUGAGUGUGGAUGGCAGCAUUGUUAAUGACCACAUCCCCUCCUUCAUCUCUGCCUUGUGCCUGAUGUUCGGCAGCUACUACUGCUUCAACAUCCAUUACCCAUCGGAGCUGGCAUCCACCCUGGAGUUCUUACAGAGGUGUUUUUUCUCCAUUAACCCAGUGAAGGGCACUAAAGUGUUGAGGAACACCUCGUCCCAUCUCAACGUGACGCCCAGAGUCCUUACAUUAAUUCAAGAACUUUCGGAUCAUCAGUGGCGUGAGUCUGCCGAUAAACUAUAGGAUGUCUGACUAUGGACCACAUAAGUAAGAUCUAUGGCGUGGGAUGUUGUGCCACACUCACACUCCGGUUUGUUCCAGUAAAAGAUAAGUGAGUAAAGUCAACACUUGAGAUAAAAUUGUUAAAUCUGUAUAUAAAAGCUCAUACGUUUCAUUGCUCUUCCAUUUCCUUUUUGCAUCCUUGUGUGAGGAGAAAGUGGUACGGUAAAACAAAGAAAUGUAGAAAUCUGUAUCAGUUGGAAAGACUUGCAUAAUUAUUGUUAUAAAGGGUAACCACUUUAUGUUCCUGACAGCUGUUUAAGUGUAACUAUUGUAAAUAUGCAGUAGUCAUAGUUGGAUAUUUUUAAAAUUAUAAUCACACAAAUUCUGUAACUAGUAAUAAUUCAUACCUGAUGGGCGUCAUACUUUCAGUCUCUGUUUCCAGAUGUUUGUGGGGACUUCCCCCCCUUUAUGUUGCGUCCCUGGCUUUUUCUUCUCCCUGUUUUUUUGUUUUUUGAUGUGUUCGUGGGAAAAAGGCCAAACUGAGAAGGCAUAUUUAAGCUGAAUUGUUUCAACUGUCGUCAGUGUUACUGGAAUAAACGGAGAUCGUCUCCAACGGCA